CUAUCUUUGGGGUCAUGUAUAUUGAGGGCGCUACCAAACAUGUCAAUCCUGUCCUUUUUUGGGUGGAAAAGGCAGAACGAAGCGAGUUAAGAUACUAUAGAGAGAAAAGUCAGAUAUACAUGAGGCAGAGCGAUAAAGGUAGAUAUAAUUCUCUCAACUUCAGGCAUGUAAUAAGGAGUCCAACAAGUAGAUCCAAGUCCUAAAUAAACCACGUGAAUAGUACAAUCUCUUUACUGCCGUUAGUCGAUAAGCGGCAUGAUCCAAGGGCGGU